UCAAAGUUUAUGGCAAUUGUAGAUCGAAAUGCGAAUGCCAUGUUCAAGUUAUAACCUAUAAUUUUGUGUUUUAAGGUGUAUUGUGAAAUUAAUUACUCCAUUUCUAGUUUUCUAAUUGCAAAAACAAAUUAAAUAUGGGGAAAGUGAGGUCCGCACCGGGUGCACCCCGGAAGCAGGGUUUCAAUAAAUCUGGUCAUUCUAUGAACCCUGAACGGCCUACAGAAGGACUUCAAGGGGUAGGAAAACCUCGAACAAAGGGAACUAUAAAAAGGCUUCAAAUGUAUAGGAACUUCAAGGCCAAAAGAGAUAAAACUGGCAAAAUUCUAACUCCCGCACCAUUUCAAGGUUGGCUUCCAUCAGGCAGUCAAGCUCGUGUCGAACCAAACCAAAAGUGGUUUGGUAAUUCGAGAGUGAUAUCACAGAAUGCGUUACAGAAGUUCCAAGAUGAGUUUGGAGCUGCUGUUAAAAAUCCAUACCAAGUUAUAAUGAAACCUACCAAUUUACCAAUUACGCUACUAAAUGAAAAGGCUAAACAUGCUAGAGUUCAUCUGUUAGAUACAGAAGGUUUUGACAAAACAUUUGGUCCUAAAAAACAGAGGAAGAGGGUGAAUUUGAAAUUUAAUGACCUUCAAACUUUAUCAAAGGCUGUAGAGGAAAAUACAGAAAAAUAUGAUGAAACCAAGGAUGUAGAUCGGGUUCGUGAUGAUGAUGGUGUCAGAGAGGGACAGAGAGAAUGGAUCUUUGGAGCUGGUAUGAGUAGAAGAAUUUGGAAUGAACUGUACAAAGUAAUAGAUUCAUCAGAUGUUUUAUUGCAAGUUCUGGAUGCUAGAGACCCUAUGGGCACCAGAUGUCCGUAUGUUGAAAAAUUCCUCAGAGAGGAAAAACCACAUAAACACUUGAUUUUUAUAUUAAACAAAGUUGAUUUAGUCCCAAAUUGGGUAACACAAAGAUGGGUUGCCAUACUUAGUUCAGAAUAUCCUACGGUAGCUUUCCAUGCCUCAAUGACUCAUCCAUUUGGUAAAGGUUCACUUAUCAAUUUAUUGCGCCAGUUUGCUAAACUACAUAUAGAUAAAAAGCAAAUCAGUGUUGGUCUGAUUGGUUACCCAAAUGUUGGAAAGUCAUCUGUUAUAAACACACUGAGAGCAAAGAAAGUGUGUAAAGUCGCCCCUAUUGCAGGUGAAACUAAAGUAUGGCAAUACAUAACAUUGAUGAGAAGAAUUUAUCUAAUUGAUUGUCCGGGUAUUGUUUACCCAUCAGCAGAAACUGAUACUGAAAAAGUUCUUAAAGGUGUUGUAAGAGUUGAACUUGUACAAAACCCUGAAGAUUAUAUUGAGGAAGUUCUGAAGAGAGUUAGGAAGGAGUAUUUAAUAAAAACAUAUAAAGUCGAAGGUUUUGAGACGGCAACAGAAUUCUUAGAGAAACUUGCAGCUAGAACAGGUAAACUGUUGAAGAAAGGUGAACCUGAUAUAGCUCAGGUAGCAAAAAUGGUGCUGAAUGAUUGGCAAAGAGGUAAACUUCCUUUUUAUGUUGCUCCUGAAGGCUUUGAAGUUCCUUUGACCAAACAGCAAGAGAUUGAACCAAAAGAAUCACAAGAGAAGGUUCCAGAAGAAAAAGCGGAAGAAGCAGUUCAAGAGUCAGUUACAGAAUCCAAUGAAUCCAAAGAUGAGAAUUCAGAAAAACCAAGUCUUACAGUAAACAAACUGGUGAUAGCACAAGACUUUGCUAAAAUAAGAGUAGGCCUGCAAUUUGAUAAUGAAGAUGAUGUGAGGCCCCUUGAGGAAGUUUCGAUUCCCGAAGAAUUGAAAGGUAUCGAUGAACAGAAUGACGACAGUGUAGUACAGGAGGAAGAUAAAAAAGAGAACGGUGAAGACAAUGAUGAUAGUGAUUCAGAUAUAAGUAACUUUUACAGCGAUAAUGAGGAUGUAUGUAGUGAUGUUGAAGAUCACUUAACAAAUGAUCCUGAAACUGUAAAAGAAAUUAAGAGGAAGAAAUUAGAAGUAGCCAGUGGCACGUUCAUAGUGGAAGAAGUGUCUAAAAAGAAGAGGAAGAUAAAUGAGGGUACAGAGGCACCGGUGAAAAAUAAAUUGACGGCCAAACAAAGACGAGCAGUCGAAAGAGCACACAAAAGAACGAAAACCGGGAGCAACUUCUAUGAAGUAUCAAACGUUAAGAACAGAAACAGAAAUAGGAAGAAACCUGUUUAAAUAUUUGCCACACCUUUAUGUAUUUUAAGUUCAAUAAAACAAACUUUUGUCAA